UGUCAGACACAGCUACAAAGUUCUGUUAUAUUUAUUGAUAUUUUUUUUACCCAAUAAACUAAAUUUUUAAUAAUAAAGAAAAAUAGUUGAAUUAUCAACGCGUCAUUUAUGAGGCACGUUUGAUGCCCCAUGCGUGGACGCGUAUAUUAAUUAAAUACAUCUGUGAUGCCAUGUAAUUUAAACAGGUCCUCACCACUUAUCCUUGUAAAAGUGGGUCUUAGUUUCCGAGAUGUUUCGUAGCAGAAGUUGGUUUGGGGGCGGGUGGGGUCGCCCCAAAAAUCCCCACUCGCUGGAACAUCUCAAAUACUUGUACAAUGUCCUAUCUAGGAACCAAACGGUGUCUGAGAGUAAUCGAGGAUUACUUGUCGAGACGUUGAGGUCCAUUGCGGAAAUUUUGAUUUGGGGAGAUCAAAAUGAUUCUUCUGUUUUUGAUUUUUUUCUGGAAAAAAACAUGUUGUCCUUCUUCCUAAGGAUAAUGAGACAAAGAUGCGGCGGCUCAAACUAUGUAUGUGUUCAACUGUUACAAACCUUAAACAUUUUGUUUGAAAAUAUUCGAAAUGAAACGUCUUUAUACUAUUUGUUAUCGAACAACCAUGUUAACUCAAUAAUAGUACAUAAGUUUGACUUCUCGGACGAGGAAGUGAUGGCCUAUUACAUUUCAUUUUUAAAAACCUUGAGCCUGAAGCUCAACGCUCAUACAAUCCAUUUUUUCUACAAUGAGCACACAAAUGAUUUCCCUUUAUACACAGAAGCGAUAAAAUUCUUCAAUCAUCCAGAAUCGAUGGUACGCAUAGCGGUGCGUACUUUAACAUUAAACGUGUACAAAGUCGAGGAUGCCAGUAUGUUGGCUUUUAUACGCGAUAGAACUGCCGCGCCAUAUUUUUCAAAUAUCGUUUGGUUUAUUGGGAAACAUAUCCAGGAACUGGACGCUUGUGUGAGAAAUGAAGCUGAUCAUAGCUCUCAAAAUAGACUGGCGGAUCUUGUGGCUGAACAUCUGGAUCAUUUGCACUAUCUUAAUGACAUUUUAUGCCUUAAUAUAACUGAUUUAAAUCACGUUUUGACCGAUCAUUUACUGCAUAAGCUUCUUAUACCUUUGUAUAUUUAUUCGUUGGCGGCUCUACGGAGGAAAUCGUCGAUUCCGGAGGGGGUAAAUCAAACUGUGGCAAAAAUUCUUAGUAAAAGCUCCACAGGUCCGGACUCGCCAAGACUACAAGACCCCACUUCCGGUAGGGUCUCGUGCGUUGUGGCCCUAUUUUUACUAUCCCAAGUCUUUUUGAUCAUUUCCCACUCGCCGUUAGUACAAACGCUCGCCUGGAUCAUCUUGAAAACCGACCGGACAGUAUUUGAAAAAGGUGUGAACAAACUCUUAGAGCACUACGAGAUGGAGAAAAAACAACUCGAGGAGAGCUUGAGCGACGAGGCGAGUGCCAGUUCCAUCGUCGAAGAUUUACGAAACAUCACCGACGAGGAAAAGGAGAAAUUGGCGAAAAACCCUUCGGAAAAUGUCGCGUCGGAAAAGCCGUUUUUGGAGACGGUGUACAGUGCUUUGGACUGUUCGGAAAACGAUUAUGCGGCCCUGUUAGCUCUGUGUUUGUUGUUCGCUAUGGCAAACAAUAAAGGUGUCACAUCAGAGUUAAUAGGGCAAGUACUAAAACCAAAAAAGUCCUUCAUACUAAAAUCUUCGACCAAGGACGUUAAGUAUUCAUAUAACGUGCCUCUUGUAGAAAAACUGCUUGUUAUAAUUACCUUGGCUUGUCAGCCUACUUGUAGGGUAAGAUUGGUGACCUUAGAAGUAGCCCUAAAACUUCUCCUGCAGCUGGUAAUAUGCGACGGUAAAAAUAUCCUAUUGGACCCGCACAGGGCCACGAUAGAAUCUACUAAAUCCCAAAGUAUGGCACUGCUAAGGAACUUUUAUAAAAGUGAAGAGAUAUUUUUAGAUAUGUUCGAACACGAAUACUGUGAUAUGUCAAAAUCCUGUUUGAAUGUCGAGUGGUUAUGCAUGGAUAGUGCAAUUUUAUUGCCGCCUACAGGCACGCCCAUGACUGGGAUCGAUUUUGUUAAAAGACUACCAUGCGGUGAGAGCGAAAAAGCGAGAAGAGCCAUCCGCUUAUUCUUUCUAAUGCGUAACACCGUUCUAACCUUAAACGGCGAGAUCGAGUCUCAACUUCCGCUAACCAAUCCCCAGAGCUGCGUACAAAUCGAACAGGCGCUGGACUUGAGUAUAUCUCGUUAUAACUCCGAUCUGAUCGCCUGUACCGUUUUAUACAAAGACGGCACCAAAAUGAGGCGAUUUUUGGUUAUCGACGUUAUGCAGCUAAUACUAGUCGAGCCAGAUAAUAAACGGUUAGGUUGGGGUGUUGCCAAAUUAGUAGGUUUCCUGCAAGACAUCGAGGUCACCGGUGACAAGGACGACUCUAGAUGUCUGCACAUCACCAUACACCGUCCGAUUUCGGGAGUGGCCACUAAUCGUAUACCGUUAUUAAGUGCGAAAUUUCUUUUCGACGAUAAUAUAAGGUGUAUGGCGGCCAAACAAAGAUUGACAAAGGGUCGUAUAAAGGCGCGACAAAAGAAAAUGCAGCACAUAGCGCGCUUAUUGGAAAUCCCCGGACAGUCAGGGCCGCCGAGUCCCGCCUUUACCGGACAAGGGUUGUACGGGUGCCGAAUCGGGGGUCGGAAUGUCCGUGAAACUCGGACGUUAUUUAAUGCGGGCCGGGUGCCGGGAUUCGCGGCACCGAAGCGCGAGAUCAGUCCAGGAGUGAUUCAUAAGACGGACGAGUCAAGAAGGCACCGGGAAGCGGAUAGUCCGAACCGACUCUCCAACUUAAGAAAAGAGACAAAACCGCCAGAUUCACGGUCCAGGGACAGUUCGUCCGGUAGAACGAAAUCGCGAGACGGUUCUCCCAGGAUGCCACGUCCACGUUCCGAAGAAAUCCCGUUGGAAUUAAUGAAGAAAUCGACCGGGUCGAUUAUCGAUAUGGCACCGAAAAUUAGCAUUUUACCGCGACCGCAGACUCCUCGCGUAACGGAUCCGGAACCCAUUACUACUACUAGUAGCGGCAGUGACAUUUCCACUUUCGUCAAUCACGAGCAGAAGGAGCAACGGGGAAAAAGUGAGAUAGAAAGUCAACCCGUAAGUAGAUCGAAAGAGACGUCGUUUAUUGGGGAGCGAGAGGAUAAAGUUGAAACUGUAUAGGUUAUGUUUAUAAAAGUUUAUUUAUUAUGAUAUAGGUAGAUUUUUUUUUAGAUUUAAUGGAUUUGUUGUUGGUAAUAAUUGUAACGAAGUACCUUUUAAUAUUACUGAAUGUAUAAUAAAAUUAUGAUAUGUAA